AUGGAGCUUCUCGAGCUUGUCGACUACGAGUCUUCUUCUCGCCCCUUCCAGUGCGAUUGGGACAACUGCAGCAAGUCCUUCAACCGCAAGUCUGAUCUUCAGAGACACUACAGAAUCCACACCAACGAACGUCCCUACGCUUGCACCAUCCCUGGCUGUGGCAAGAGCUUCAUCCAGCGCAGCGCCUUGACUGUUCACAUCCGCACCCACACUGGCGAGAAGCCCCAUCAAUGCCAACAUCUUGGCUGCGGCAAGCGAUUCUCUGACUCCUCUUCUCUUGCCCGCCACCGCCGCAUUCACACCGGCAAGCGCCCCUACAAAUGCGGCCAUGAGGGCUGCCUCAAGAGCUUCUGCCGCAAGACCACCAUGGUCAAGCACCAGCGCCGCUCGCACGCUCGUGGCAUUCACGGCAUGGACAUGCUCGAUGACUGCACUUCCGAGUCUGAGAUGGGCGACAACCCUGCCACUCCUGGCCAGACUCCCCUUGGCUGGGCUGUUGGCAUUGUUCCCUCCCAGGCCGGCCACUCCAUGACCCGCGCCAACUCCUUUGCUGACUUUGGCGGCUACAACAUGCAGUUUGGCCAUCGCCACAGCCUCUCCAGCGAUGCCUCCAACUUCUCCUCCCCCAUGGUUGUCCAGCGCUCCCUUGGACACUCUCCCUUCUAUGUCAUUGACCAGGAGAACCCUGCCAUUGCCACCAUGAACCCCAACAUGCAGCCCUACUCUGUCCCCCGCCAGACUUCUGAGCGCCCUGCUGCCAUUGACCUGACCUAUGCCAACUCUGGCAUUGCCACUCCCAGCAACAGCAGCCCUGCCUUCUCUCCUCCUGCCAACACUGGCAGCCCCCUUCUCUCUGAGGGCUUCUACACCACCCAGGGUGCCCAGAACGCUACCUACGCUCUUCAGAACGCUGCUGAUGCCAACUCGGUUGCUCAGUACCCUUCUCCCGACGCCGACAACGGAUCCUGGUACAACUACCAGGCUCCCGUCGACGUCUCCAUUGUCCCUAGCUACGGCUUCGACAUCUACACUCAGCCCAAGCUUGACUUUGAGGACCCUUCCAUGCAGCUUCCCAGCAGUAGACUCGAGGCUCUCUAA